AUGACUACCUGUAUGAAGAUCAGCGGAAGGGUGAAACAAGAGCUCCGGGGUUACUGGAGUCUCACACAUUGUCAAUACUUUGGAAGAAAUAAUAUAUUGCAGAUUGUAAGGAGCACGGGAGACGGAGCGGUUGUCGCGGGGGAGCCGGCGAGGGGAAGGGCGUCCACUAGGGCGCGCUGCGAGACCGGGAAUCCCCGCCACGCCGCCUGCCGCCGCGCGCACGCCUCGGCCCCGGCCCCCGCGAAAUCACAUUUACAGUUAGGGCUGUUGUUGGGUUUUGCCCCCUCUCCUGUGACAUUUUCUCCAAAUCGGAAGAAAAUGAAGUGUAAGUCGAGCUUUGCCGCAGGCGGCCCUCGGUCUCCGCUUUCAAAUUCGGGGUCCGGGAGUGGGAUGCGCUGCCCCCCAUGCCCCCGCCCCCGCGAUGCCGUACCCCGGGGGACAGGGCGGGUCCCCCAGGCGAGCUCUCCGGGCCUGGCCGUCCCUCCGAGGGAGGCCGAGGGACGAGCGAGGCCGACGUCCGGCUCCGCGCUGGCCGCGGGUGCGCUCCGAUGGCGGCGGGUCGCGGGCCUCGCCACGGGUUUCAAGUGCGUGACCGAGCUGGGCACCGCGGCCCCGGGAGCGAGUUCUCCCCGGCCGGCCACCUCACCGGGAGUUCCGAGCGCUCGCGGCCCUGGGGACCCCUCGGCCCGGCCCACCCGGCCGCGUUUGGCCUCCCGCCUGGGGCCCGAACUCCUCCUCCUGUCCCCGUCCGCGGUCCGCGGCCCACAACCGGGGGUCUCCCCCGAGCCCGUCGCGGAGGCUCCGCCUGGAAAAGGAGAGCGACUUCCUCUCCACGCCGCUCCGAGUGGACUGUGGGACCGGCGGGAAGCGGCUCGAGCGCCCCGUCUGCGCCGUCGGGAGGAGAAGCAGCCCCCACCCGAGCCCUGCCGCCCCCUCCCCACACAGCCCCGCGCAGAUUAA